AUGGAAGGUUCUGAUGUCACCUUUGACAUUGCUGGUGAGAAGUUGAUGCAAGCAAUACAGAGCUUCAUAUGCGAGUACGUCGGCGAGCUUUUGGAGGAUAAAGAAGCUGAGAGAAGGACAGUGAACGACGAGUAUCUCUUUGACAUUGGGAACAAAUACGACAACACUUUAGCUGAAGGGAUGUCGAAGCUAAUGCCAGGGUUGGAGAAAGAGAAAGAAGAAGAAGAUGGUGGUGAGACGACGGGGUUCACCGUCGACGCCGCGAAGAAAGGGAACAUCGGGAGGUUUAUAAACCACAGCUGCUCGCCGAAUCUGUAUGCGCAGAACGUGUUGUAUGAUCAUGAAGACAAGAGGAUCCCUCACGUGAUGCUGUUUGCGAUGGACAAUAUACCUCCGCUUCAAGAACUCACUUACCAUUACAAUUACAUGAUCGACCAGGUGCGCGAUGUUAACGGUAAUAUCAAGAAGAAGAUUUGCUACUGUGGUUCUUCUGAGUGUACC